AAACCCGUCAACACAAAUUUUACCCGCGUUGACCGAGUUGGGUCGGGUGGGUACCCGUGAGUUUCGGGUUUUGUUGCCAGCGCUAGCCGUCGGCUUUCUUCAAUCUGGACUGCGAGCAAGCCAGAACCAGAAUCUCGCAACUUUGGUUUGCGGUUCCCAGCUUCCCUCUCGUCUCGUCUCCUGCCCCCCGCCUGAGUUUUGCCGUCGGUAGUCAUUUGAAGGGGCCUCUAAUUCUCUGGUAGGAAAUGAUAUGAUAUGAGAAUAAGCCGGCUUCUGUAACUAUGUCUCUUUUCCCGAGUUCAUGUUAUGUUUUCUGUGUCACUCACUGUCUUGAUCAUUGAUGCUCUGGAUUUCUGGUCUCUAUCUCUGCAUCGAUGGUAUGCUAAUUGGAUGCGGCUAUCGUUGCCAAGUCUGUGAUGUAGUCUUACUGCAUAAGCUGAUGAAUCUAGUUCCGGGUUAGCGGAUUCUCUUUACGGGAUACUGCUCUUUAUCUUAACAGCUUAGAUAUGCAAUUCAACUUGAGGAGCAGAUGAUAUGGAUGGCUUUCAGAAUUUGGAUUUUGAUACUGACCUCGUCCUUUUUCUUUGAGCAUUAUCUUUGUGUUUUGUUUGAUGCGUUUUAAAUUUAAUCUCCUAGUGGAAUGGGGCUAAAGAAUGCACCUAGCAAUUCCAGCCAUAGGAAUUGGGGGAAACCUCUGGUGGUGCACUGCUGGGAUUUUAGGGUUUAAUGAUAGGGCUUGGUGGUAGUAUAAGGGUUGGGUGAAUCCUCGGUGAUAUAAUAUGAAACACCUCAAAAAGAAGUCAAUAAAGACUAAGAACAACCUGUUUGAAAGAAGUAUGCUCUAAUGUUCUCUUUAGCUCGACUCCUACUGCAAGGAUUAGAAAACAACGUUAUGGGAUCCUGCUAGAAUAAGUGCCAAACACUAGUCUAAUUGAAAAGGUAUGAAGCAAUUAAAUGUGGAACACUAGCAGAAUAACUGGUUCAAGUUAAGCCACCAUAAUGGACAUCAUGGUUUGUCUAUGGAUUCUUCAAUAGCGUUCCUAUAAAUAGAGUGGCAGUUGUCUUUCCUUCUUUAUUUUUUGUUGGUGAAAUAGUUUGCAUAAGCGAUGGUUAAACUUGUCAAUCAUCAUUGAUAUCAUUAGUCUAGUGUUUGGCAAGUUUGUGUAGUUUUGAUGUAACACAAGAAGGUUAUCGUCUAUUGACAUUUUGGCAUUUCCUUCUUGUUUCUGUGUAGGCAAUGGGGAAGGACUCCAAAGCAAAAGAUGCAGGAGGUAAAGGCAAAGGAAAGCAGGCAGCUGGCGGGAGUGAUGAAAAUGCUUCGAAGGGGAAGGGAAAAAGUGGAAAGGCUGAUGGACUUGGCACAUGCACUUAUGUGAAAGGUGUUUUAUCCUGCAUUUCUUUAAGCAUUUCCUCCUCUCCCUUCUUAAUUUUUUUGAUUAGAUAGGAUGCAUAAAACCCAAAAGGGCCAAUUACAAAACUUCUGAAAGCCUCAAGAGGCUGCCGAGAACCAAAGCAAGGUUACAAAAUGGACCUGAAAAAAAUAGAGGCAACCACCAUCUGCAGCAUCAUUAACUAGAGCUCUGCUGAACCAUGCGAGGGAAACAAACACCUAUAAUGUCUUCCCUAAUAAGUCUCUCAGGAUCAUUGGGUAGAUCCGUUAUUUCAUGCGUACCAAAGGGAUAGACGAGACUGUGCUUCGAGAGCCAGUCCGCGACUCUAUUCCCUUCCCGAUACGUAUGAACUAACCGAACUACCCAAUCCUGGGCCAUCAAUCUCCGGAUCGCAUUCAGCAUGGUCGAAUGUGGAUGGACGUUAUCUUCCCUGUUAUUGAUCAAAUCUAUAGCAAGUUUUGAGUCGGUUUCGACGAUGAGGAACUGACUUCCUCUAUUUAAAGCAAAAGUGAGUCCCUGGUGGAUCGCCCAUAGCUCCGCCAGGAUCGCCGACCCGGUGCCGAUUUUACAACAGAAUCCCCCCAACCAAUCUCCAUCAUGAUCUCUAAGACAACCUCCAGCCGAAGCAAUGCCCGAACUACCUUGUGCCGCACCAUCUGUGUUCAAUUUCAGCCAGCCUGUCGGUGGAGAGUCCACCCAACCAUUUGCUCUUGUCUACUUAGCUGCUAUCCUGCAUCAGUUGUUAUCUCUGCUGCCUCCCAAGUUACAAUCCACUCCUUAGCUUUCAGUGUAAUAUAGUUGAUCAGGGAAGAGUCCAACGACCUUUUGCCUUUGAAAAUGUAGUCACAUCUGUAUUUCCACACAUAACAGGUAAUCAAGGAGAAGAAUGUCGCCCAUUCACCUGCCAUUCACCUUCUUAAUACACCCUGUUUGUGAAAAGCUUUCCACAAAAUUGAAUGUCACAUGUCCUUUUACUUUUUUUUUUGGGUGCUUAUUAGCUUUAUGCUAUUCAUCUGUGGUGUGGCAAGGCAUCUGUUAUGUGAGAAGCAAGGUUCCUUUUAUUAAUGUUUAUUAGCUUUUGCUAUUCUUCUGUGGAGUAGCAAGGCAUAUCUUAUGUGAGAAGCAAGGUAAGAUUAAUGAAGCAUACAAGAAGCUACAAGAUGGUUGGCUAAGCAAUGGAGACAAAGUCCCUCCUGCUGAGUUUGCAAAGGUGUGUUUCCUGAAUUUGACAACUGAAUUCUUGAAACUUGAAAUGCUUGUCUGCAUUUUGGCUUGUGAUAACUUAUUUUUAAUACUUUGAUAUGCUUCAUGUCCAACUCGUCUGUAAAUUCGCAUACAUAAAGUUAGGCUCCCCACAGUUUCACCUUGAAGAAAACAAGUUUCAUUGUCCAGUGUUCUUUUUCCGUUACAUGGUUCUCGUUCUAUCUGUUGGAGAGGUCUACUUUUUAUUAUCAUCUUCUUCAUGAAAUGCCGAUGUAAAUGCAUGAGAAAGAUUAGCUUGCACCAGCUUCAUGGAACUUGGUACGUAAUCUUAAUGGCGAAAAUCUGGUUUAAAGAAUUGGAAAAUUGUUUUUCUGGCUUUCUGGUGGGUUUGAUAGUGGCGAUAUUGGGGUUGGUCAAUGAAAGUCUGCUGCUGGCCUAAACCCUAUACAUCCAGGUUCCUACCCUUUGCUGUUCUUCAGCAAUUUGAAUUCAACAUGUUGUGUUACAAUGACAAUAUAAACUAGUAGGACGCUUCCCCAAGUUCAACUAGUUAAAUCUUAAAGAUUGCUGGAGAUAGCCUUGAAGGUCCGGUCCGCAUGAAACAAUCUAACUUAAUUUUUUUUUCCAGUUAGCAGCAGAGUAUUCAGAAUGUCCUUCAGGGAAGAAGGGUGGAGACCUUGGAUGGUUUCCUCGUGGCAAGAUGGCCGGUCCUUUCCAAGAGGUUGCUUUCAACACCCCUGUUGGAGCUACCAGCGCACCGUUUAAGUCAACGUAUGUAUCUAUAUGUGGAAAUGGGUUGGGAUAAAUUAUAGACUAGAGAGCACUUUAUUUCAGAAGAAUAAAAUAUGAAGAGUAAAUACUAAUCAGUUUAUUGUUAAGGCUUACAAGUUUGCCCAUUGCUGAUGCAGACAUGGGUAUCACGUAAUCCUAGCUGAAGGCAGAAAGAAUUGAUGGAAAUGGUCCUCAAAUGGAGCAGGGGUUAUGAGUGUUGAUGUAUCGAUUGUUUCAAGUCCUUUUCCCAGUGAGAAUUUUAAUGUUAGCAGCUAUGCCUUUUCCAUUCCACCAUUUACUUUAUAUCUAUGGAAUGGAACAAUUGAGUGAAUGUUCAUACAUAAUCUCAUUGUCCUUGUCAUGACUAGGAGUGAAAUUGCCUGCUGAAUGGCACGCAUAGAUGUUACAAGAACAGCUGAAGCCGGAAGAUCUCUUCCCGUUUAAUGAGGAAGUAAAAGUGAAACUGCUUUAUAUUUCUAUUUUAUCAAUUUGGUCCGUAUGAACUGCUGAACUGAUGCAUAAUUGAGGUGAGGGACAAAUAUAGUGAGUGAAUUUAUGUCUAAUUUUUCUAUAUAUAAAAGCCAGGUUUUUUCCGGCUAGAAGACACCAAUGAUCAACACGUCCAAAUAACCUUCUUUUUCUCCUGUUUACAAUUUUGCCAUUCAGAUUUUGUACUCUACAAUUGAAUUCUAGAGUUCUUGACUCGCUUCCCUAACCCAGUCCCUGAUAUUCCUCUGCAUAUCCUCUCUCUCUCUAUCCUUCUUCUCCGAUCAAAAGAUCGUCGCCAGCAAUACCCGACCAGAUGGCAAUGUUGAUAGAGUCCUGUUUCUCCCUUUUGCAUGUUAUUCGCUUCCCCUAUUCUCUUUCUUCUAAUGCAUCCCGAUUCUUCAAUUCUUAUGUUGUUUGUUCCUUCACACGAAUUCAAUCACAGUUCAUCUAAUUAGCAAAGAACUAUCGAUUGAACUUUAUCAAGGAUCCCAAGUAAAAUGGUAUGCAACACCAAGCAUAAUUACACACACUAACUCCAGGUCAAACUCAUUAAGGGAAUAAUACCUUAGUAUUGGU